CUUCUCUCAUCACUUUAGUCGGCCGGCGCGCGCCCGCGUGCGGAGUGCGGUGCGGAGCAGAGGCGAGCAGCGCGCCGCAGCAGAGCCAGGGCCCCGGGGACCACGCGCGCACCGCAGCACAGCGAGGACACCAAGCAGGCCGCGGCCAUGGCGUGCUGCAAGAGAUGGACGCUGGCGGGCCUGGCCGUGGCUGUCCUGGCGGCUGCCCUGAACCUGACGGCGUGGGACACGAUCUGGCCCUUCGCGCAGGUUGUCCGCGGGGUGCGGGUCACGCAGGGUCAACUCGCCGGCCUGGCGCAGACGACGGACGCCGGCUUCCACUAUCUCAGCUUCCUGGGCAUCCCGUUUGCUGAGCCCCCAGUGGGGAAUCUGCGGUUCAAGCCAACUCGGAAGGGCCGGCCGUGGGAAGGCGAACUGCAGGCCUUCCGGAAUGGACCCAGCUGCAUGCAAGUCAGGGACAGGAGCUUCAAGUUGCAUGGGUUGCUGGGUCGCAACGCUGGCUGGAACGAGUUUCUGCUCCUAGUCACCUCAAUCCCUCGCGUCCUCAAGCUGAUCCUGUCUUUCAGGCAGAGUGAAGACUGCCUGUUCCUGAACGUGUUCACCCCGGUGACGCGUUUGCCGACCGAUCACCUGCGGCCAGUGUUGGUGUUUAUCCACGGUGGGGGUUUCGUCCGCGGCAGCGCGCACUCGGCCAUCUACGGCCCCGACUACCUCGUCGAGCGUGACUUGGUGGUCGUCACCUUCAACUACCGCCUCGGAGCAUUUGGCUUCCUGUCGAGCAACACCUCGCACGCGCCCGGGAAUGCGGGGCUCUGGGACCAGACCCUGGCCCUCGAGUGGGUUCGGGACAACAUCCGCCAGUUCGGAGGCGACCCGGACAGGGUGACGCUCUACGGUGAGUCGGCUGGCGCCGCCUCCGUGCACCUGCACGUGUUGUCCCCGCAGUCCCGGGGCCUGUUCCACGCCGCCGUGCUGUCCAGCAGCACCGCCCUGUCCACCUACGUCAUGGCCGAGGAGGCCUCCAAGUCGGCGGUCCUGGCCCGGAGCCUCGGGGCGGCCGAAGACGUCGUCGCGGACCCGGCGCGCCGCAUCGAGUUCCUCCAGUCCAAGACCAGCACAGAGGUGUCCCGCGGCUUCGCGGACUGCCUGAACGAGGAUGACACCCGGCAGAUGAUAACAAAGCUGCCCUUCGGACCCGUCGUGGAGGACUGUUCCGACGGCCUCGACCACUUUCUCUGCGCUCAGCCCGAGGACGCGCUGCAGGCCGGCGCCUUCAACAAAGUCCCCAUGAUCAUCGGCCUCAACUCUUACGAGGGCACGCUCAUCCACGCUCUGGACUCCGUGGAGGAGGUCCUAGAGAAGACCAACCGAGACGUGAGGACCUUCGUGCCCCGCGGCCUCUACCCGCGCAUGAGCGACGCCCAGCGACUCGCGGUGGGCCGACGGAUACGCGACCAGUACAUCAGGCCCGAGUCACCCAACGACACCCUCGCGCUAAUCCACCUGUACGGGGACUCGCUGGUGAACCACGGCAUGCACGUGGCCAUGCGCUGGCACGUCGCGCACUCCACGCCCGCCGCGCCCGUCUACAUCUAUCAUUUCGUCAACAACAUCUUCGGCUUUUACAAGUUCUUGUACGGCGCGUCCCUGGACGGCCCGGGCCACGCCGACGAGCUGGGCUGCGUGUUCUACAUCCACAUCCUCAACAUGGGCCUAGCACAAGGCCAGGAGAAGCUCAGCGUAGCGAGAGACAAGAUGACGGAGCUUUUAGCAAACUUCGUUUACCGGAGAACACCGACAUCGAAGGACAGCAAGAGUUUAAAUAUACCUUGGCCACCUUCCACUCGCGAAAAAAACUCUUAUCUCGAGUUUGGCGAAACUUUUAAAAUUAAGACUGAUCUUCUUAGGGAAAGAAUGCAAUUUUGGGACUCAGUGUAUAGUGAAAUUACUCACCAUCCCGCCUAUAAUAAUUAAGAUUCUUACAUUUUUUACA